AACCAGCAGCCGGAUCGAUUCAUCAGCUCUGUCCGGAUUAUACCAGCACCUCCCGUCCUGCGCUCACCCCAUUUGCAGCCAUUUCUCCUGAACGCCAAUGGCCGGGGAGCUGUGCGGGACCGGUGGCCGUAGAGGAAGAGUGAUGCUCGGUAUACCUGGAUCAGGCCUCCGCGGGACGCAGUGGCGGACUUUACUGCUUCUUGGUGCUGCUGUUGGAGCUCUGAUCGCUCUGCCCGCUGCUGCCCAGGCUAAAGAGUGUGAGAAACCCUGUGUAAACGGGUACUGCGACCCGGUUAGCGGCAGCUGUGUGUGUGACCCGGGCUGGGUAGAGGAGCAGUGCCAACACUGCGGCGGCCGCUUCAGGUUAACUGGAUCUUCUGGAUACCUGUCAGAUGGACCUGGAAACUACAAACACAAAACCAAGUGCACCUGGCUUAUAGAGGGACAGCCGAACUCCAUUCUGAGGCUGCGCUUUGAGCACUUUGCCACCGAGUGCAGCUGGGAUCACAUGUAUGUGUACGAUGGAGACUCCAUAUACUCUCCAUUACUGGCGGCAUUCAGUGGUUUGAUUGUUCCUGAGAACUACAGCGAUGAGAAGGUUCCAGAAGUGGUGUCAGAAUCUGGCUACGCUCUUCUUCACUUUUUCAGUGAUGCUGCCUACAACCUCACCGGCUUUAACAUCUCAUAUAGGAUAAACACAUGUCCUAAUAACUGCUCAGACCAUGGUGCCUGUCAAAUGGUAAACUCCUCUGAGGUGGUGCAGUGUAAAUGUGACGAUGGCUGGAAGGGUGAUGCCUGUGAUGUCCCAUACUGUGCCUCAGACUGUGGAUACCCUGUCCGUGGAGAGUGCCAAUCCAGUAACAAACGGUGCCUCUGCAGACCUGGCUGGCAAGGUCCUGAUUGUUCAGUGUCAGUACCUGCAAAUGUUUCGUUUUGGACACAUGAGGAGUACAGCAGACUUGGCUUGGCAAGGGCGUCUCAUAAAGCUGUGGUGCAUGAAGAAGUCAUAUGGGUGAUUGGAGGGCACGUGUUCAACUACACAAACUACCAGAUGGUGAUCGCUUUUAACCUCACAUCUCAGAGCUGGAUGUCUCUGAACCGUACAGCCAACUAUGUUACCCCACGUUAUGGACACUCUGUGGCUGUGCAUGAGGAUAAGGUUUACAUGUACGGCGGGAAGGUUGAUUCCACAGGGAAUGUGACAUCUGAGCUGUGGGUGUUUCACACACGCAAUCAGUCGUGGGAGAUGCUAAACCCACGUGCUAAAGAGCAGUAUGCGGUGGUCGGUCACUCUGCUCACAUUGUUCACCUCCAGCCCGAUGGAUCAGAGCCUGUUAUGCUUGUCAUCUUUGGCCACUGUCCUCUUUACGGAUACAUCAGCCAAGUGCAGCAGUACAAUAUAGUGAUGAACCAGUGGAGUGUGCUGGAGACGAAUGGAGCUUUGGUUCAUGGGGGCUAUGGGCACAGCAGUGUAUAUGACCCUCAGACACACUCAAUUUACAUCCAUGGUGGCUACAAGGCUUUUAAUGCCACAAAGUAUGGCUUGGCUGGAGAUCUCUAUCGUUAUGAUGUUAACAAGGGCAUGUGGUCAAUUCUGAGGGACAGCGGGUCUUAUCGUUACCUUCACACAGCAGUGCUGGCAGGUGGACACUUGCUGGUGUUUGGAGGAAACACCCACAAUGACACAUCUAUGAGUCAUGGGGCGAAGUGCUUUUCUUCUGACUUUAUGGCCUAUAACAUUGCAUGUGAUGAGUGGACUGUGCUGCCCAGACCUGAACCUUACCAUGAUGUCAAUCGUUUUGGCCAUUCAGCUGUCUAUGCCAAUGGGGUGAUGUAUGUGUAUGGAGGCUUUAACAGUCUGAUGCUGAGUGACAUGUUAAAGUUUACCCCUGCUAGCUGUGCUGCCCUCACUGAUAUGGAGGAGUGUGUGACAGCUAUGCCAGGUGUGCGAUGUUUGUGGAAUUCCACCACCGGUAUCUGCAUGUCCUGGGAAACAGCCCAACCCCAAGAGCAAGAGAUGUGCCCUUCCCGUGCAUUAAGCAGUAAAAAGUGUGAGCAGUACACUGACUGCUACAGCUGCACAGUCGACACCAGUGGCUGCCAGUGGUGCUCUGAGCACUGUGUUUCCAUCCACAACAACUGCACUGCUUCAUCAGGUGGAGUAAUGGAGUACACGGCGUGUCCUAAAGGUUUCCACUCAUAUGUGUGUAAUAAGAAGACGAGCUGUAAGAGCUGUGCUUCUGACCAGAACUGCCAGUGGGAUGCCAGGACCCAGGAGUGCAUCGCUUUGCCUGAUACUAUCUGUGGGGAUGGUUGGCACCUGGUGGGAAACCUGUGUAUGAAGCUGCUAACAGCGAAGGACUCGUAUGACAACGCUAAUCUGGCCUGUCGCAAUCACAACGCCGUUCUGGCCUCUCUUACUACUCAGAAAAAAGUGCAGUUCGUUCUCAAAGAGCUACGAAGUCGGUCUACACAGGUGAGUAAACCCAAAUCGAUUGUGACUCCAUGGGUGGGUCUGAGGAAGAUGAACGUGUCAUACUGGCUCUGGGAUGACAUGUCUCCUUUCACUAACACCACGCUGCAGUGGCUCCCCGGUGAACCCAGUGAUGCUGGUUUUUGCGGUUAUCUGGCAGAACCAAGUGCUAGUGGACUUAAGGCAGCGCCUUGUAUAAAUUCUGUCAAUGGCAGCCUGUGUGAACGAUCAGCUAACCACAGUGUGAAGCAGUGCCGGACCCCCUGUGCUCUGCGUUCCUCCUGCAGCGAGUGUACUAGUGGGGGUGCUGAGUGCAUGUGGUGCACUAAUAUGAGACAGUGUGUUGACUCCAACGCCUACGUGGCCUCUUUCCCCUUCGGCCAGUGUUUGGAAUGGUACACUAUGAACAUCUGCCCACCGGAGAACUGCUCUGGCUAUAGAACUUGCUCUCAGUGUCUGGACCAGCCAAGCUGUGGUUGGUGCACCGACCCUAGCAAUACUGGAAAGGGGCAGUGCAUGGAGGGCUCAUACCGUGGACCAAUCCAGACCCUCCUGCAUGCUCCUUCAUCAUCAAGACCCACCCUUAUACCUGCUCCCCAAGCGAUACUGAAUGUGAGCUUCUGUCCCCAUGAGAACAAGUACAACUGGUCUUUUAUUCAGUGCCCAGCGUGCCAGUGUAAUGGCCACAGUGCCUGUGUGAACGAGAGCGUGUGUGAGAGAUGUGAGGAUCUCACCACCGGCAAGCACUGCGAGAGCUGCAUAUCUGGUUACUAUGGAGACCCCACAAAUGGAGGCAGCUGUCAGCCCUGCAAGUGUAACGGCCAUGCCAGCAUGUGUAAUUCAAACAACGGCAAGUGUUUCUGCACCACCAAGGGCAUUAAAGGAGACCGCUGCCAUCUGUGUGAAGUGGAGAAUCGUUACCAGGGCAACCCUCUCAAAGGAACGUGUUAUUACACUCUGCUGAUAGACUACCAGUUCACUUUCAGCCUGUCUCAGGAGGAUGAUCGCUACUACACCGCCAUUAACUUCGUAGCAACACCAGAUGAGCAAAAUCGAGACCUGGACAUGGUUAUUAAUGCCUCCAAGAAUUUCAACCUCAACAUUACUUGGGCCUCCAGCUUUGCAGCUGGUACGCAGUCUGAAGAAGAGAUCCAUAUUGUCUCCUGUAGCAACAUCAAGGAAUUUAAAGACAGUUUCUCCAAUGAGAAAUUUGAUUUCCGUAGCAACUCUAAUGUCACCUUCUUCGUUUACGUCACCAACUUCACCUGGCCAAUGAAAAUACAAAUUGCAUUUUCCCAGCAGAGUAACUUCAUGGAUCUAGUGCAGUUCUUUGUCACAUUUUUCAGCUGUUUUCUGUCUCUACUGCUUGUGGCGGCGGUCGUGUGGAAGAUCAAGCAAAGCUGUUGGGCAUCACGACGGCGAGAGCAACUCCUUCGAGAGAUGCAGCAGAUGGCCAGUCGGCCGUUCGCCACCAUCAAUGUUGCCUUGGAGACGGACGAGGAGCCGCCCGAUCUGAUUGGUGGGAGCGUGAAGGCGGUGCCAAAGCCUAUAGCUUUGGAACCUUGUUUUGGGAAUAAAGCAGCAGUGCUGUCCAUUUUCAUCAGAUUACCCAGAGGCCCUGAUGGUGUCCCAACUCCAGGACAGUCAGGUCUGGCAGUAGCAAGUGCGCUGGUGGAUGUGUCUCAACAGAUGUGUGUGGGCUAUAAGGAGAAAACAGGAGGGCUGCGUAACCGCAAACAGCAGCCAGUAGCACAGCCUGCUACAUGCAUCUGACCUUUACCUUAAGCAUUGACCUCCUCCAGGACUAAGCCACAGACUAACGCGUCACACAUGAUGGAGGUCACUAAAUUAGAAAAAAUGCAGUCUGUUUGGAGAACUGAGACUCUCCAAGCUAAUUGAAUGUAUUCAAGUGGAGAGGAGGGACAUAUGGACAACAAUGAAGAGAGGGAGAUGAAGCCCUUUCACAAUUGUAACUGACUGCAGAUAGACUUCUCUCCACAUUUAUGUGAUAUUUAACUUAUUAUUGUUCCUGUUUUAGUCCCUUUUUUAUGCUCAGGAUGAGAUUCUCUUAUGCUGCUGCAGCAUGGUUUCUGUGGCAAUAUACUGCCUGCACACAUAUAGUUUCAAUCAAAAUUAUUCAACCACUAUUACAAAUGUAUUAGGUUAUUAUUAAUAAUGUUAACUUUACAACCUUUUAGCUGUUUGCAAUUAACCAAUAGACAAGAACAAUUUAAGUAGCUCAACACAAUAAAUAUAAUACAUAGUCUCUCCAAAUUCAUAACAAAAUGCCACUUUUAAUGAUGUACUGCAGUUUCUAAAUUGUUCAACUCCUUCAUGACUAGAGUCUUUAGUACUUAGUAAUUGUUUGUGCAAGGCAUUUAUUUCUUCUUUUAACAUGGAUCAGUGCAUCUUGAGGUAUCCCCAUAAGCGCAAAAACAAAUGAUACGUACGUCCAAGUGUCUGGUUUGGAGAAAAAAAAGUAUCUUAUGCAUUUCAACUAAUCUGUGGCUCAUGCGUGAAUUAACACUGGUUUUGUGGAGACACCUUAGGGUUAGGGUUAGGGUUAGGGUUAGAGCAGUGUCCAAAGCACUUCCGGAAAUCAGAUUUGGGCCUGGAAACCUCUGGCCUCAGCUCACGAAAGCAAAAGAUGCCAUGAUGCUCCAUGCAUAGAAAAACCAAGUAUAUCUGCUUGCAGUGUCUUGUGCGUUUGUGGCCUGGCUGCUUUAUCAUAAAUAGAAUUACAAGUAAUACAAAUCAGUAAAAUUGGGACUAUGUUUUUACAGGGCAGUGGACUGUUUUUUUUCAUAGCCAGUCCAGUACAUGCUAAUACAUGAUAGAAUUUUUUAAUGAUGUACAACAAAUUCUAUUUUACUUUAUUUAUUACAAUAAAAAAGUAUUGAUUUAUUAAUUGGGCUGUUAAUGAAAUGUCACUCUCAGUGAAACUCAGAUGCAUGCUGUCCACCUAAGUGGAUACAUGAAUAACUCUUAACUGAUUAAAUUUGAUAAAUAAUUUAAUAAUUUCAUCAGCCUAAAAGGAAAAAUAAACCAUUUAGGGAAAAAAAAACUUGAUUCAAGUUGUUAUAAUUCAUGCAUAAAGGGUUAAAAUGGCAUUUUAGUUGAAUUGGAUAAACCACUUGUUAUAUUAGUUGUUGAACUAUUUAAAUUGUUCUUGUUUGAUUGGUUUAUGGCAAACAAAAUAAAUGUUUGUAUGUCUUUUCUUAAUAAACCUAAUUUGCAAUGGGGGUUGAAUAAGUUUGAUUACACCUAUUCAAACGCUUACCCACAAACAUUAAGUAUACCAUUCAAAAACAAUUAAGCCUGGUUUAUGCUUCAUUAAAAGUGCUUCAGAGAGCCACCAGUGGUUAUGGUUUAUCAAAACAAGAUGAGGCACCUAGCUGUUUGUCAAACAAUGAGGCAGGUUGAAAUAGGCAGUGGAAAAUGUGGGACAAGCAAGGACAGUAGUUGACAGUUUAGUUCCCCAAAAAAAGUCUGUAAUCAAAAAUGCUGUGCUGAUCCAAAUGAGAAAAGUACUUAUCACAACAAAAUGUGGCUUGGUAAUUGAGGCAGCUUCAGUCUGUAGAGAGAGUUCUACCCAUAAUUAAAAAAUGUGUUAAAUAUAUUCACAGCGUUUUCAUGGUCUGUGGAGUUUACCCUUUCUUCCUGUGUGGUGAUGGGUCCCCUCUGGGUGCUCCAAUUUCCUCCCAGCUUCCGAAACAUGACUGAGUAAAUGGAUGAGUGUGUAAUGCCCCUGAAGACCCAAGGUUUUUAGUUUAGUUUUUAAUAAUAGCUGCUUGGGGAAAGCUAUUGUAAAAGUUGGCUGAAUUCUGCUGAAAUCAAGCAUAGACUGUCUAACUGUUCAAAUAAAUUAGGUUAUUGGGUGUGAUAAAUUAUGGAAUUGGAUUUUGUGUCUGAUAAGGUUCUCUGCAAGGUAUACAUGUACUGUACUAUAUAUACAUAUAGUGCAAAAGUGACACUGUGGGACACCAGUGAACCGAUUUUCAUUUUUAACUUGUUUGUUUUUAAAAGGGGGUCUGCAGAUUUGAAUGAUUAUUGGAUUUUAGUAAAGGAGAAAAACUUCUGAAAUGAUUUACAUUCAAUGUGACCUAUAAUUUGUACUAUUCAAGUGAAAAACAAAUUGAAAUCUUUUAUAGCAAAAAUAAAAUGUUUAUAACAGCAUUUAGUCUUUUUGGGUAGCAUGGCACAUCUUGAUUUGCCUGUCUUUGCCCACUCUUCCUUGCAAAAGCGCUCCAAAUCUGUCAGAUUGUUAGGGCAGCUUCUGUGCACAGCCCUCUUCAGGUCAUCCCACAGCUUUUACAUUAGAUUCAGGUCUGGACUCUAAAGCUGGCUGGGCCAUUCCAAAACUUUAAUCUUCCUCUGGUGAAGCUAUUCCUUUGUUGUUGAAGAGGUAUGCUUUGGGUUAGAACUGGUCAUAGUUCCCUCAACCUUGACUAAUGCCAGGUCCAGCUAAAGAAAAACAGACCCAAAACACAAUGCUGCCACCACCAUGCUUUACAGUGGGUAUGGUGUUCUUCUGGUGAUGUGCAGUGUUUGUAUUUGCGCCAAACAUAACUUUUGGUAUUCGUCUCAUCAUUUUCUCACAUGUGUUUUGGAGACCUGAUAUAGGUUUUUACAAAAUAUAGCUGGGUUUAAGGGUUUGUCUGGCCGCUUUACCCCACAGCCCAGACAUAUAAAAAGUACACAACCAGUACUUGCUAGAAAUUCCUGCAGCUCAUUUAAUGUUGCUGUAGGCCUCCAGGCAGCUUCCUGGACCAGUUUUCUUCUUGUAUUUUUAUCAUUUUUUGAUGGACAUCCAGUUUUUAGUAAUGUCACUGUUGUGCCACUUGUUGAUGGUCGUCUUCACUGUGCUCCAUGGUAUAUGUAAUGCCUUGGAAAUAUUUUGUACCCAUCAUCUGACUGAUAAUUUCCAACAGAGAUACGUUUGAUACUUUGUAAGUUCUUUGCAGACCAUGACUUUUGCUUUUAGAUGCAACAAGGGACAUUUCAGGAAAAUCUUACUAGAACAGCUGAACUUUAAUUGGGUUUAAUCAGACUCACUUUAAUUGAUGGCAGAUGUCACUAAUUACUAUUUGACAUCAGUUUAAAUGUGAUCGGUUAAUUCUGAACACAGCCACAGUCCGAAAUUAUAAGAGGGCAAGCACACUUGCAACACAUUGUUUUAGGUGUUUAUAUAUAUAUAUUAGGUUUUAAUAUAUAUGUAUAUAGUUAAUAUAAAUGGUUUCAGUUUGUUUUUACUGGAAUUGCACAAAUUACAGGUCACAUUAAAGGUGGAAAUCUUAAACGAUUUAUCUUGGUCAGAUUUUUUUAAAAGUGGUGCAUAGACUUUUUAAAUCUACAGUUUUCCUACAUAUUCCAUCUUGCGCACAUGUGUACACACACACAAUUAAGAUACUGUUGAGAGGCUGGUGGGUAAUCUGUGUCCCUUUAAUCAUGGCUUUAAUUUCAGCAGGUGUUUUUAAUGUUUGCAGUAGUUCAGUAUGCUUUGUGUGACCCUUAGUAUGACUACACUUAAUUACAGGUAAUUUUAUAGAAAUAUGCCGAUUUAUUUUCCCUCAUUUCAGUCCCCUUUCUAUCAUGGUUCAGUGUUCUGUUUGCUGUUAAAGUAUUUUAUCAGUUUUAGAAGUUUAUCUUCCUCUUUUAUUUUUCAUGUCUUUCUUUGGCUUUGUCUGCUUCAACCACUCAUUGCGCAUCUCCUUAGAGAAUACAGAGUACAGUAACAGGGAAAUAAAAAAAACAAUAAGGCAAAGGGCUCAGGAUUACAUCUAAGUAGCAGCUUUUAUGGGAUUUUCAAAAUGUCAGAUGCUGUUUUAGACCAUGCUCAUUUCCUCAACACAUAAAUACAGUGGUAGACUACUUGCAAUUAAAUUUGAAGUGUGUAUGUGUGUGUGCAUGUGUGAUUUCUGGAUAUUGUGGUUAUUUAAGCUAAAGAGCAGUUGAUGUAAAAGGUCGGAUGAGAAAUGAACAAUUUAGACAUUUUGAAAUCUAUAGCAGUUGGAUUUAGCUUUUUCUUAGUUCAUGCCUUUAGAAUGUCUAUGAUUUUUUGUGAUAUUACAUACACACCCCGCAUGCUUUAACAUCCCUUUAUAAGGUCGCAUUUGUUUUUGUAAAAUAAUUCAUAGCUUUCUCUCAAACUCCUACUUUCAUUACAUUUCAGUACAGCUAACUUAAACACUAAAGCUGUUUGUUUGUGUUCUUUGAUUGAACUGUCUUUGUAGCUAUUACCAAUUGCAUUUCUUCUAUCUUGCACUAUAGUGCAUUCUGUAUAUAAAGAAUAGUGACGGGUAUUCAGAGCUUUUAAGACUGAAAUUGAGCAGGUCUUAUGUGUCAGCGAUUGCCGGCUUGCCAAUUUUUUGCAGUAGAUGAGCCAUGAUUGAGGUGACACAGGCCCUUCACAAACACUGCAUAUAUAACCAAACAAAUAUAUAUUUAUUUAUUGAUUAUUAUUAUUAAAUAGAUGGUAUCUUAGGGUGUCAGACCCAAUUGACUCACAUGGUCAUGUGUGAAAGACGUUUUCAAUCCCAGUGGUUCCCCGUACAAAUCUUUGGUCCAAACUUAAAAAUUGCUGCUGACUAUGGUGUAUGUGUGUAAGCAUAUGUGCAUGAUCGUUCAAUUUCAGAGACCAGACAUUAAAAACACUAGGGGGGGUAUUACCUAGUGGAUAGAGUGGAUGGAGACCAGAAUCAGUAUCAAUCAGUACAAACUUCAGUAUUUGAAAUAGGGUUGAAUGUGCCUGUCGAGGAAAAUACAAAUAUCCAGUGUUUCAGUUUCUUUCUUUCCUGUACACAUCAUCACACAGCCUAUUUGCACCAUCUGCUUUCUGUACACUGAUGACUGUAUAAUACUGGGAUCUGUAUUUCAAUGUGUAUAAUGUAGCAGCAGUUGCACUCUUGUUUUUGUAACAUAAUGAUGGACAGUAAUGUGAAUGCUCUUUCUCUUGAAUGAUUUGCUUGGCAGGCAAAGUAUCCCACAGAUUUUAAAGUGGGAGCACCCUGCAGCUUCUUUUUGUAUUUAAGAUGGUGAAUGUCACCAUAAAUAGACCUUAAAUUAAGCACAAAUGAGAUGUGUAAAAAGCAAAACAGAACUUGGUUAUUAUAACUGAAGUUAUUAUACAUGUAUAUAAAGAAUGGUCUAAAACAUUUUGUCUAUAAUAAAUGUUGAAAUUAAA